UUUCUAAAUUAUGAAGACAUUUAAUUGGUUAUUUUUUUGAAAGUGAAAACUAUAAAGCCUGAGGCUCCUUCAUUUGAUUCCAACAAAAUUUAUACUAACAUCUUCCAAGAAAGACAUUUGUGACUAAUCAUAACGAUGUCGAUAGAGAAAAAGGCGAUGCAGCGGAUUGAGAAGGAGUUCAAGGAUAUGACUUCGAAAGACUCCUUGUACAGCAUCGGUAGAGACUCGAACAAUUUGUUCAAAUGGAAUGCGAUGAUUCAAGGUCCAGAGGGUACUCCGUACGCCGGUGGCAUGUUUAGCAUCGACAUUAAAUUUCCUAAAAAUUAUCCUUUUACAGCACCCAAGUUUACGUUCAAAACUCGGAUAUAUCAUCCAAAUAUCAAUUCCGAGGGAUCCAUAUGCCUUGAUAUUCUUAAAGACAAAUGGUCUCCCCCGCUUACGGUUGAAAAGGUGCUUUUAUCCAUCACUUCGUUAUUGGCGGACCCAAACCCAGAUGAUCCUCUGGUGGGAGAAAUUGGAGAGCUCUUCAAAAGUAACAACUUUCUAUUUAACCAGAGAGCUCGAGAAUGGACUGAACGACAUGCUUAAAUAUUAAAAGUUGUUUUAAGAAAAGUAGUAGUUUUUAUGAAUAAAAAUAAGAAGAUUAAUAGCUGUUUUUCUUUUUCAAAUUAAUCAUACAAAUAGUUACCAACAGCUUUGAGUGAUAUGUUAUUGUGGACUUCUUAUAUAUUAUAAAAAGUUAUAAGCAUUUUAGAUUUUUUAUUAUGCUCAAAAUACAUAAUAUAAAUUUUAAUUAAGACUAGAUUUUGAUCCUUGUUUUCAAAAUGUAUGAUUAUUUUUUUAGCCGUGUAGAAAACUUUAGAGUUCGCCCUAGCAUGUUUUCUCCAAGACUCUCCAAGACUCUCCAAGACAUGACUUGCGAGACAGCUGCAUGACUUAUCUCAUUGACGCCGGCAGCGUUUCCGCUCGCCGACAUUGCCCCAAUCCGUUGCUCUCGUGGUUUGCCUCUUCUUCUCUGGUUGUCUACUCUUUUUUCUCGGUGUGGGAACCAAAAUUCGAACUGUCAAUUUUAGUAAAUUAAGGAAAAUAGAGAUUCUUGAUUUUCCUUGAGGAUUCGAAUUCUCUGCGAGGGCUAACUACAAUUUAUCAAAUAAUUGCGGAAAAUUCAUAAAGACAAUAAAAGGAAUCUAGAAAAGAUAUGUCUUUAUUUCGAAUCCGCUUAAGAGCGUAGUGAAUUUACAAUAGGUUAUAAGAGCUAAGGCCGCAAGAGCUGUCAGCGAGCUCUUUAAUUAUAGCCAUAAAAACGUAACCAUAUUUUUAGUCACAGCUCGAAAACAAAACACGAUAAAGAUGCGAAAAAGGUUUUACUGAUUUUUGAAUGGACCUUAUUAAAGGUUGCCUAUGUACCCCUUUCGAGGAAAGCCAAACAUGUUUCAGUUUUCAAAAUUUGAACAAACGAUCGAACUGCCUUUGCUAGUUCGUCUAGUAAUCAAGUGCAAGACAUAGAAAAUUAAGCAUGUCGAAAAUACUGCCUAAGAGUUCUAAGUGUAGAGAGUUCUAAGAAUCUAAAAAUCUUCCUUGUGCUCCUUGCCUUGGCUCUCCUUAUAUAUGCCUUCAAGGUCGGCCAUCUUUCCCUUUCUGCCCCCUAUUCGAGUUUAUCUCUUUGCAAGAGUUUUCCUUAUUUUCUCAACCUUCAUGUUUAUCUUGGAAGUUUUGCAUUUAUCUUCUUUUCCAUUUAUUUUUCCUACCAAAAUCUAAUAAACCUUCAUUAUUCUCUGGGCCUAUUCCUGUCUCGAAUCAUAAGUUGGCUUUCGUCGCGUUUUAGACAUGCUCGGGCCAUUUUCGACCUAAAAGUUUUUACGAUUAUUUUUGGAGAAAUCAUUGACUUAUACGAUGAUAGUUCCUACAUCAUUGGUCCUAUGGUAUGUUGGAAACCAAUCAUUUAAUCUAUACAGAAAUAGUGUUAAGUUAACCUUUAUUGCCUUAUACGAUCGAUUCAAACUUUUACGAGAAAACAAGUCCUUGUUGUUUUUAUCGUAAAAUCUCAACGAAAACUCCAAUUGACACGUACAAAACGAGAGACAUUUUGAUCUAGAUUCAAAGGAGAACACAGUGAGAGUCUCAAUAAGCCCCAUAGAGAUCUAUGACAGCUAUGUGGGCGAUUUGAGAACUCAUGUGACCUAUGUGGGAGAUUUGAGAACACAUGCGAGCUAUGUGGGUGAUUUGAGAACUUAUGUGAGCUAUGUGGGUGAUUUGAGAACUCAUAUGAGUUAUGUGGGCGAUUUGAGAAGUCACGAAGUGAGGAUAGAGAGGCUAUGAGGGCGAUUUAAGCCAAGGACUGAGGAAAGAGACGCUAUUUGAGCCAAGGAUUGAGGAGAGAGAGGCUAUGUGGGCGAUUUGGAGCCAAGGAGUGAGGAGAGAGAGAGGCUAUGUGGGUGAUUUGGAGAAGCUAGGAGGCUAUGUGGUAGAUUUGAAGAUGGUUAGAUCCUUUUUCUUGCUACUAAUGCCUCCGUUGGUUGCUUACGUAAACUUUCAGAACUACUUGGUUUGUUUAUGUAAGGUUUUCCGUAUAGAUCUCCGAAAGUUGUAUAGUGGAAGAUUAUCUUACAAGUUUUCCUAUAAGGUUUUUCCAUGGAAAAUUUCCAAUUUUUUUCUUGCAGAACAUUGUUUUAUCGCAAAAACCUUAUGCAAGAACAUUUUUUCGAUCUUUUCAUGUUUGGAUAUAAACUUUUUCAUUUUUUGCACGGGAUGAAAUACACAGAGUUUUGUUCUCGUAUCCUUAUUUAAGUAGGCUUGGCUUAUGCAGUGUAGUUUCUUCGACAUUUCCAGCUCAUAUCUACCUAUGGCAUAUUUCUCGGAACAUUUUAGCCGUUCAUUUUGCCAUGACAGAUUUACGCGAUUUAAGUAUAAUCUAGAUGGUCAUGGUACAAAUUGAUUUUUGUAUAGAUGGUUAUGGUUACAAUUAUUUUGGACUUAAAUGGUUUAUUACGGUUUUGUAUAACCAUUGAUAUUAAAUAUAGUAAUUUUUUUCUCAAAAGAAUAAUUAAAAUCUAUUGAAUCUAAAUUCAAUUUGUCAACAUUAUGUAAAAUUGUAGUCAAAGUACAAAUAAAUCUAUCAGAUCUUAAUUAAAUCUAUUAGAGUGAAGUAAACUUUUGGCGAAAAUAAAAAUAAAUCUAUCAAGUUUUAAUUAAAUCUGUCAACAUGACGUAUAUCUGUGUCAAAAAAAAAUCUAUAGAAACUUAAUUAAAUAUGUCAAACUGAAGUAAAAUGUAUGAACAAAGAAAUUAAAUCGAUGAAUGAUGAAUAAAUCUAUCAAAAUUAAAUAAAUAUGCGGCCAGAAAUUAAAUCUGUCGAAUCAUCACUAAAUCUUUUAUUAUUAAAUAAUUUUGUUUUCAAAAUGUGACAAAUUCUUUUAAGCAAAACUGUCGAAAUUAAGUAAAUAAUGACCAAAGAGAAAUAGAUCUGUCAAACAUAAGUUUGUGACUACAUAAAAUAUAUAUAAAAUAAGUUUGUUCAAAGGAAGAAUCAUAAAUACUGUUUUGUAACAAAUAAAGUAAGAUCAAAAUAGGUAUAAAAUAAAAUAGUAAUUAAAAUAAAAUUAGUGUUAAUCUAGUAAUAAAUUGAUAACUAAGGAUUAAACUAAAUUACUCAGAUUAACUCUUAUUUCUUAUGUAAUUACUAGACUAAUUUAUUAAUAGUAAUGAUAUCAAUAGUCUUUAAGUUGGCAUGAGAUUUAUAAAUUAUGAAGGCAUUUAUUAGGUCAGUGGUGGUUCAUUUCUCGCUCCGGAAGUGGAGUUGGAAACGGAAGCACUCGGAAUCGCAUGGAAUCGACUUGGAAUCGUGAUUCCGAGAUUAAAGUGUCUGGAAGCGUGAUGGAAUCGCACGAUUCUAAGAUGGAAGCGUUGAUGGUGUAGAUCGGAAGCGAAAGUGUGGUCGUAUUGUAAACACAACGGUGAUUACAAAAGAUGGCAUUUGAAGAAGAUGAUACUAUAAACAUCAGCUGCUUUUACGGUGGUCCCUCAACAAACAUAACAAUUGUUUUUCUAUAAGCCUAACAAGUAAAACUUAAAUUCAUAAAGAAACAAGAAAAAGUAGCUGAGAACAAAAGUCUUAUAUAUUAAACUUUAAAGCAAAGGUAACUUCAUCUUAUUUCGUUUUGUGAAUAUUAAUCCAAUUAUACUUUAUUGUUCACUUGUUCUUUUUAUUUGAUGUUGUUUGUAUUAUUCAGUUUGGUUUUGGUUGUGACUGAAUUGAUUGAUUGAGGUGCUCUAUUCUCUUUUUAAUACUUAAAUUAUAUAUGUACUGCAUAUAACGUAAAUAGAUACUGUUAUAAUUUUUGUAGUUAUACAUAUUUAUUUUUUUUGAAUUGUGGACUUGUUUUUACUACUUCAAAAAUAUUUAGUUAAUAUAAUAUUAUUUUAAUAUAUAAUAACCCAAUAAUAUAUGUGUAAUAUGUUUCCAACACGUACCCACUUUCUAAAUAUUUUAAAAAACUUGCUUCUCCGCUACCGCUUACCCGCUUCCAAUUCCAUGUAUUGUAGGCUGAAAGUAACAAUUAUAAAGCCCAAGGCUCCUUCAUUUGAUCCAACACUAUUCAUACUAACAUUUUCCAAGUAAGCAAUUGGUAUCAAUCCAUUUUUGUUCAAAUUUUGUCAAAUAUCUUUAGAACAUUAUCCUUCACAUAAAUUACAACAAAAAUUUACUAGUACUAACGAAAAUUGUCUUUGUUGUUUCAUUUGAUGAAAAAGGAAAUACAUUUUUUAUUAAUCAUAACGAUGUCGAUAGAGAAAAUGGCGAUGCAGCGGAUCGAGAAGGAGUUCAAGGAUGUGACUUCGAAAGACUCCUUGUACAUUAUCAGUUAGUAUUUUUUUCAUAACAAUUCACAAAGGUCACAUGCCAUAGAAAAUAAAUAGAUAAUAAAAAUUGAACUGCAACAUCAUGUGAAAUAGUUUGCGAUCGGAUUAUACACUAUCUUGAUAUUUUCAUAAUAUACGCGUGAAGUUAACAUUAGGUUCACCACAAUUGUAUUUUUUUCUUACAAAUACAUAUGCAUAAUUUAUUUUGCUAGUGUAUAUGCCUUCACUAAUAUGUCUUUCCUAUAUUAAGAACCACAAUAAUUACAAUUUUAUGUUUCUCCAUUAUAAUAUUGCUAUUUGUUGAUACAUAUUUAGGUAGAGACUCGAACGAUUUGUUCAAAUGGAAUGCGAUGAUUCAAGGUCCAUAUGGUUCUCCAUACGCCGGUGGCAUGUUUAGCAUCGACAUUAAAUUUCUUAAAAAUUAUCCUUUUUCAGCACCCAAGGUUAUAUAAACUAAAA